CAUGGUCUAUGGCCAUGGCUGCAUUGUUUUGUUGAGCAUAAAACCCAACUUCUCUUCUUUUACUAUCACCAUCAGCCCAACCUUCGCUAACUCCAUUUUCUCUCUCCAAAACCCAUUUCACAAUUCUUUCCUUGCCAACGCUUGAUCGGUUUUGGGAUUUUUCACAGCUUCUCCAAUGUCCUCUAAUCAGCCAUACCCAUAUGGCUUCACUGAAACUUCCAUUCUAUCACGCGCCAGAGCCGCCUCCGAUUCCGUUUAUGCCACUUUACGGCCAUGGCGGGAGCUUCUUCAGCCGUUAUCGUCCUUUACCCGGCCUUCAUCCGUUGGGGAAGCGAUUAUUCGGUGUAAGCGUAAUCUCAAGUACUUUCGUGUUAAUUACACCUUCAUCGUUUUGCUCAUUCUCUUUCUCAGCCUCCUCUGGCACCCUGUUUCGUUGAUUGUAUUCUUGGUCGUGUUCGUUGCGUGGUUCUUCCUUUAUUUUUUCCGGGAUGAGCCGUUGGAGGUGUUUAAUCGUGUUGUUGAUGAUCGAGUUGUGUUGGUUCUGCUUGGAAUUGUCACGAUUUUCGCUUUGGUGUUGACGGAUGUUUCGUUGAACGUAUUGGUUUCGAUUUUGAUUGGGGUUUUUCUUGUUUUGGUACAUGCCGGCUCUAGGGUUAGUGAUGAUUUGUAUAUUGACGAGCAAGAAGUCGCUGAUGGAGGAUUGCUUUCGGUUGUCGGCAGUCCGACUCGAACAGAGUACAGCCGAAUCUAGAUAAAUCACUGAUUCAUUUUGCUAGGUUAUGAAUUAUGAAUGAUCGUCUCGCCUAAGUUGAUUCAAGUUCUUUGUGCUACAAUUCGAAAUUCGAACGAGCUCUUAGAGACCAAGGUUUUCUCUCUAGCGUUCACUUGAAGAUUCCCGGUUUGAUGCCACUGAUUGUUUCAGCGAUGAUUUUUUCAAUUCAAUUUCAGGGUUCUGCUUUUGUAAUGUUUGUUCAAAAUGUUUGAACUUGUAGUUUUAGUUGAUGGUAGCGAUAUACAGAGUUUUGCUAGGUUAAAUCGUGGAUUUUAUUCCAACAUUACUUCUAUUUGGGUGUGAUUAUGAAGGGGGUUGCAAUGUUUUGGGUUUCGUUUGUUCUUUACUUCUGGAAAGAAGAAAUGGGAAAUAGUGGAUCUCAAUUUUGUUCUUUAA